AUGGUAUCUAUAUCAUCAUUGUCAUCAUCAGCUGAAUUCGCACAAGCAAAACCCGGUUGCCAAUCGAAAUGUGGGAAUGUUACCAUUCCGUACCCAUUUGGUAUAGGUAAUAACUGCUCCAUGAUUGAUUUAGAUGCCAAUAUCAAAUACAAUAUCAUCUGUAAUAGUUCUUAUAAUCCUCCUAAGCCCUUUAUGAAAACAGCUGGUAAUUACCUUGAGAUUUUAAGCAUAUCAGAGACAGAAGUUCGCAUCAGAAAUUCCUUCACUAAGUUCAAUCGUGACUUUUACUGGAAUGCUACAGAUGUUCCCGAUACACCACAAAUGCGUCUACAUGUAUUUGCUUCUAAACUGGUGGCAUUUGUGGAAACAGAUAAAGAACCCCAGCUUCUCAACUUGGAUAAUACCCCAUUAAUGGUAUCAUAUACUAAAAACAAAUUUUAUGGGAUUGGGUGCGGCUUAUUUGCUGUUUUCAUUAAUCUCAUAGGGACAGGGGAUAUCGUAAACAGAGAGUGUCAAUCGAGCUGUGGUAAUAUCAAAGAAGGAUCUUGCAGUGGCAGUGGGUGUUGUCAGACAACCGUUCCAACGGGGAUGAAGUCAUUUACUGUGUCUGUGAGCGGAAUUCCUACAGAUAGUACUAUUGGUCCUUUUAUGGGUCAAACUUUGACCAGCUUUGCGAUGCUGGCUGAGCAAGGGGAGUAUACAUUUGGUUCCAUGGAUCUUACUCUUAACACCACAGAAAUGCAUGAGAAAUAUGAGAAUAAGAUCAUAGUACCGGUGGUGCUUGAUUGGGCCAUAGGAGACAAGACUUGUGAAGAAGCACUUAACUCAACAACUUAUGCAUGCCAAGAUAAUAGUGAUUGUGUUGACAAAAUCAAUGGCAAUCUUGGAUACCGCUGCACCUGCCGUGAUGGUUACAAGGGAAAUCCUUACCUUAGUCCUGGAUGCAAAGAUGUGAAUGAAUGCGAGGAUCAAAACAACAAUCCUUGUGUUGGAAUUUGUAUAAAUACUCUAGGAGGUUAUAACUGUUCUUGUCCGGAGCGAGGUCAGGGGGAUGGGAGGAAAGACGGCAGUGGUUGCUCUUCUGGCAAAGAAUUUCCUGACAAAGAUAAAUCGCAUAGAAAAGAGUUUCCUGUAUUAAUAGCGGUCCUAGGUAUUGGUUUGGGGUUUCUACUUUUAUCUGUUGGCGGGUUUUUUAUCUGUUGGCGAGUUUUUAUAAGGAAACGAAAGUUAAUCAAGCUUAACGAGAAAGUAAUCAAACCUGAAGAGAUAUUUUUUCUGAAACAUGGGGGAUUGUUAUUAAUGCAACAUUUGUCUUUACUCGACAGUGGUGUUGAAUCAGCAAAAAUAUUUACAUCGGAAGAAUUAGUAACGGCAACCAACGGAUACGGCGAGGCUCAAAUCCUUGGACUAGGAGGCCAUGGUACAGUUUACAAGGGAACAUUGUCUGACAAUCGUAUAGUCGCCAUUAAGAAGUCUAAUCUAUCUGAAGAAAGUCAAAUAGAGCUAUUCAUAAAUAAGUUUAUUAUCUUAACUCAAAUUAAUCACCGUAAUGUGGUGAAACUCUUGGGUUGCUGUUUAGAAACUGAAGUUCCCUUGCUUGUUUACGAGUACGCAUCUUGUGGCACCCUUUUCCAUCAUAUCCAUUACAAGGGUGCUCCUGAGAUGCCCUCCUUGACUUGGGAAAUUCGUUUGAGGAUUGCGUUCGAAAUUGCAAGUGCAGUUGCGUAUCUACAUUCUGCUGCUUCUCCACCUAUCAUUCACGGGGAUAUAAAAUCUGCCAACAUAUUACUGGAUGAAAAUUACACAGCAAAAGUUGCCGACUUUGGAGCAUCAAGGUUGGUUCCGCUAGAUCACACUCAUAUAAACACACUCGUCCAAGGGACUUUAGGAUAUCUGGAUCCGGAUUACUUCAACACAAGUCAAUUAACUGAUAAAAGUGAUGUUUAUAGUUUCGGUGUGGUUCUUGUAGAACUCUUAACAGGUGAAAAACCAAUUUGCUUUGAAAGACCAGAAGAACAAAGAAAUCUUGCAACCUACUUCACUUCAUUGGUGGAAGACGCUAAUGUCCUUGAACUUAUUGAUGCACAAGUAGCAGAAGAUGGGAACCUAGAGCAAAUCCUUGCAGUGGCAGCAUUGGCACAGAAAUGUCUCAAGUUAAAGAGUAAAGAGAGGCCUAGCAUGCAACAAAUAGCAGCGAAUCUUCAAGGUUUGAGAAGGGUAGAUCCAUCCGGAUGGAAUCAUCGACCAAAUCAUAACACGGGAACGGCAAACUUAACAUCUGAGGCAAUUGUUCGGUAUAGUCCUCCAAACUUAACAUCCGAGGCAAUUGAUCGGCAUACUUCCAAACUUAACAAUAUCUGA